AUGGCAUUUCUAAGCGCAUUGCUCGUUCUAUGUGUGUUGACAACAGCGAUGACAAAAUCAACAAACAAACAAAACAUUCACAUAUAUAUGAUAUCCAAAGAUAAGAGUGGCUUUGAAACAGUGUCUGUAAUAGCUGAUAGAGAAGUGAAACGUCACGACAAAGACCUCAAUAUUUCAUAUACUCUGAUCACUGAUGAAAAUAUGGAUUCUAUAAAGGAGAUAUUUCAGUUAGUUUGCAAAAGCUACGAUACAAACUAUGCUUUUAUUGACCUCAUUAUGCGAGGAUAUAAGGAAUUCUGCAGGGCGCCAUUUUGGACAGACUACCUUAACAUACCUUACAUUGCAACAAAUGAUCACGAGUGUAAAUCCUCUAUUUUGAUUGGACCGUCCAAUAAGUUAUACUUCGAUGCCAUUGAGGACAUUUUGAAGCAUGAUAAUACAUCCUCUGGGCUCAUGGCAAUUUUUUACGAUGAAACAUUUGAUUAUCCUGAACUGGUAUCAAUGAUGGCAAAUCUAAGAAGAGAGUUAUUCCUGUUUAAUGCUGCCGGUAGCGACGAGCGGACGCUGCUACGUCAAAUGACCGAGGUCCAGAAACAAAGAAAAACGAAGCAAUUUGUGGUGCUCGGCUCAACAAGCACCAUCGACACUAUUUUGAAACUGG